UCCCAGCGCCACUGGCCCGACAGACGCUGUAGCAGAGCGAGUCCGCAACGUUUCCAGAGCCAGCGGAGAGCACGGGACGCGACUAGAGGACGCAGCGGCGUUACACACACGGGAUCUUUUUCUUCGACCGAGUAGCUUUGAUUUGCAUAUCCACUUCCACUUCUUCCUCAUUUGCAUACAGCGAGAAUGGCGAGCGGGCAUCCCACAGACAAAUUCAGUUUCAUGUAUCAGCCAGACACGCACAAGAGUAAGAACAGGUUAUCUUCGGGUAUGAAUCCAGUCUACAGCCCCGUUCAGCCCGGGACCCCAUAUGGAAACCCUAAGAACAUGGCCUUCACAGGCUAUCCAGGAGGGUAUCCUACCACGGCUCCCACCUAUACACCCAACCUGUAUCAAACAGGCAGUCCUGGGUAUCCACCAGGAUAUACUCCAGCAGGCACCCCAUACAAAGUGCCCCCCACUCAGACAAAUGGAGCGCCCCCUCCCUAUACCCCAACCCCCACCCCAUACCCAACAGCUAUGUACCCCAUCCGCAGUGCCUACCCUCAGCAGAACCUAUACGCACAGGGAGCAUACUACACUCAGCCAGUGUAUGCGGCUCAGCCCCAUGUGAUUCACCACACCACUGUGGUGCAGCCCAACAGCAUCCCCUCCACAGCCCUGUACCCCGCACCCGUCCCUGUUCCUGCUCCCCGCAACAACGGCAUGGCUGCCAUGGGGAUGGUAGCUGGGACAACCAUGGCUAUGAGUGCAGGGACCCUGCUGACAGCACCCCAGCACGCUCCCAUUGGAGCGCACCCAGUUACUGUGCCAACCUACAGGCCCCAAGGGACACCUGGGUACAGCUACGUCCCACCCCACUGGUAGAGCCCGCCCAUCAUAUCUGGAGUCCACCAUCGUAUGCAACUGCUCAAAUCUUACAUGGGCUCCCAGUGGUUACCAUGGGAACCCGGCACCUGUCUGCAAGAACAAAACUAAAGUGCAACAGCCACUUUACUAUUAUUGUUAUUGUUAUUUUGCGACAUUCUCUAAUGUUUUUACAAAAGCUGCUUUUAUUUUUUUUUUCCUCUUUUUAUUUGCCAACCAGUCAUUACCUUAUUUUUUUAUGAUUAUUUUAUGAUGAUUUUUUUUCUUUCUCAUUUCCUUUGCUGUGUCUGUCAUUGGAACUCCAGAAGGACUCUUGACCAAUCACACGUGUCGGUUGCUCCUGUUUCCGUGUUGUGCUGGUGUGUGUGUGGUCCUGCCUGCUGCUCAGUUGGCUGGAAUCUAUUGGGCACUUCAUCAUCAUCAUUAUCAUCAUUGUUGUUGUCACCUUCAUCAGUCACUACAACAGCCAUUAUCAUACUCAACAUUGACUUAUGCUGCCAAAUUUUCUAACGACUAGAUAUCAGCACAGGGUUUUAACUUAAUUAGGAUUUUUUUUUUUUCUUUUUCAGGUCUUUUAAUUUUAAGAUUGUUCCUCCUACUACACUCAACCAAAUGACCUUGGCUUUUUUUGCCCUUUAGAUUUUCCUACCUUUUAUUUUGUUCCUCUUCAUCCUGUUUCAGUCUGUCCAUUUUUAUCCGUUCGGUUUCGGCUCAUCUUCCACAUUUAUUUAAUCUCGGUUGUCUUCCAGCUUGUGGCUGUCUGUCUGGCAGUAGUCAGCCGGUCAUACCUGUCACUCUGUCUCUGUGUGUGCUGCGUCUCUAUGGCCCGAGCACUUAUCUACCGUUAACCUGUCCUGCUUUGUGUCCUACUUUGUCCACACUAGCAUAGUACCUAGUAUGCACUAAGCACACAUCAAGUACUUCAUGCUACAUACUAUGCAGGCUAGUAUGUUGUGACACUGUCAUAUUCUUAAUCUAGCUAGAGAGCUUUCUGAGGUCGUUCUGGUCAUGUCGGCUUCUAUGUGGGUAGUGUAGGCCAAUAAAUUAUAAGACAUAAAACUAUUUAUAAUCGUGUGUCAGCAGUAUGGGUGGUCAUGCAUAUUUUCUCACACAUACACACAACCAUGCAUACACAUACACACACACAUGCACAGGGGCUCCUGUGUCAAUUGAAACACACAGAUCACUUAAUGGCACUUAUUAAUAGAUAUAAUGUUACUGAACAACACACACAACCAAACACACGCACACUUUUUCAUUAAAUGGAUUGUUGAGGUGUGCACGGCAGACGCACCCAGCAGAGGAAUUUAAAGGGAUUCUGUUGGCACUAGGAGAGAGAGUAGGACAGGACAGGGCGAGAGCAGACAGCGCUCGGUGCUAAGAGGAACAACAAGGAGGGAGGAGGAGACGUCGUCGUUGAGGCCAGGUGGAACUGAGGGCACAAGACGAGAGUGUGUGACAUCUCACCUGCAAGAGACUGCACAAACAUGCUGCUGUUUGCACUGAGCGUCUUGUACCCGCACUUCUUGCCCAACAUGACCAUAUCGUCUCCUCAUUCCUCCUCCCAUGCGAGGACUAAUAACCAAACGCUUGACCGUGACAAACUCAGCCUCAGACAAGAUUCGUCUCUCUUCCCACGGUGUGUUGGCUCUGCCUCUUCUCUUUCUGAACCGGCAAGACCAAGGCAGUAGCAUUCAGAUGCUUCUGCACCGCAGUUUUGAGAAACAAACCAUGUCAAACCAGGAGGCUGUAAUCCAUCUGCACCUGGUCGAUGGUUUGUUUUUCUCAGCGUGGAUAAAAGACAUGACAUCCUUUGAGACUGAAUUUAAGUGCAAAAUCAGAUCAAAGAGAGUCAGAUUGGUUAUAUGUGCUAAAUUGUGAGAGCUGUCGAUUUGCACAUUAUAUCCAUUGAAAUGACAGUACACUGGCUUUGUCCAAACCUAUUCAGUCGGUUUGCAUGCACACUAGUUUCUUUGUUAAGUAGGAUACUUAAUCAGUUUUCAGUUGCUGCAUGUAAACAUCAUACCCCGUUUGCAAAAUCCAGAAGAAGCUCUUAACCCACUUUUAAUGGACACCUGGAGCUGUAGGGCUACUACUCAAGACAUGUAUACAACUUAAUUCUUUCUAGAACACUUAUCCCAAAUGGGGACAUGCGGCAUUAUCUGGAACUGUGUGCACGCAAAGACCCUCUGUGUCUUGUCUUGCUUAUUAGUCCUCAACUUAAAAAAAUGGGGUGGGAGGUGGGGGGUCGAACAUGUAGGUGAGGCCUGUGGCAUUUUUCAGGAUUUAAAAAAAAAAAAGAAGAAAAAAAAAAACUCAAAUUGCAACUUCAUGAUCUGUAGAGAAUACAGAUUGGUGUAACAAAAGCAUUUACAGCGCGGGUAUGUAGAUGAAGAGGUUAGACAUUGCAAUAAAAUAAUAAGAGGGAAUGCCUCCAACUGUUACCGUACAGUCAUUAUUUUAUCUGCGUUUUGAAUUGAUUUUGAAAAAUGCUUAUUGUUGUAAUCUCUAAAUAUGGAUUAUGGGCUCUAUAUGCGGCCUCCAUUCAAUAAUUAUCACAGUUAUUGCUAAGAAGAGUAGAACAUAUCAAAAAUUUGGUUAUUGAAUAACUUUGUGAUGAAAUAUUGCACAAAAUAAGACAAAAAAAACUUGAUGACUAUAAUUUAAUGCUAAGUAACAGGUACCUAGGCUUUGUAGUGCAAGAGGGAGAAAGAAGCAAUUUAUAUUGUAAUUUAAUUAAAAAAAUAAAACAAUAAGGUUGAGUGUUUGAUGAGGUAUUCUUAGUCCAGAUGUUUGUACACUCGUAGGUUAAUUCUCAACGGAGUAUUGCAUAAUGCCGCUGUCGGAUGAAAACCUUGUAUCGUCGAGCCUUAUUUUCACAUGGACCCUCAUAUUUUAGAAACCUGGGUAUUGAAUGGGUGUUAGUGGUCUGAGGGUUAUGAAAUUUACUGAACAUAUACAGGACCUUGUACAUUUUAAUUCAAGCCAGUAAAAUUACAAAAAAAAAGGAAAAAUUGGAUUUUCUUGCGACAGCAGUGAUGCUACUUUUAAUAAGGAUUUAUUUAAUCAACCACUACUUCUGUCAGUAUUUCUCAAAUUAUUUCUUUCAAUUUUUUUUCUUUGCUGUUUUUUUUUUUUUUUUUUUUUUUAAUUUUUUUUUUUUAAAAAGAUUUCUUUCUUUUUCCCUCAGUGGUCAAUUGAGCAUAAUGGUUAUGCAUAAUAUUCAGGUGUAGUUCACUAUAGCAUUGGAUCUCUAAGUUAAAAAAAAAAAAUGCAGUAUAUUUAUAAAGCGAGUGGUACAGUAAUGUGUUUCUAGCUAAGCAUGGUUGCAUCAGUGUGGCAGCUACUGUUUGUGCUUUUAAUAUUUUUUACCUCCACUUCUGCAUCUCUGUCCUCUACAUAUCUGUCACAGAGGGGGUGGGGUAAAGUUACAAGCAAGGUCUAAAAAAUAAAUAAAUAAUAAAGGUAUGAUUUGUGGAAGGAAACAACCGCUAUCCUAAAUAACCAGAAGCAAAGCAGCUCAGUUCAUCACAAACUCUUGUCCCAGUGCUGCUCCCAUCAUUUCCAAACUUCCACAUAGUUUAAAAAAACCUUAUUGUGUGAUGAUUAUUGCCUAUAUUUCUAGAUCUUGGGCUGAGGAAGUAAAUGUUGAGUCACAGAAAAGAAAUGGAUAGAAUAGGCAAUCAUUUUUAAAUCAGAAUUGUCGAUUUGGUCAUUUUAACAUUCAGUUGACCGAAGGAGAUUAAUGUGUCUCUUUUCUAUCCGUUCGCUUUCUGUGGGUGAAUAGAUAUCGAAAUUCUUGACUUCUUGCAACCCCCACCAGCCUCAAUGCCCUGUGCCAUAUUUUCACUAAAUGUUGUUCAGUAAAUAUUAGUUUUAAUUUCCUAAGUAACUAACUGGUGAAUUCUGAGUCCUUGUUACGUCUAGCUUCCUGUGAAUCUGUGUUUUUUCUAUUGCUGUCCUGUUUCUCACAUGCUGUUAAUACAUAUUACCUGUCUCACUUUAGCUGUUUUUCUUACUGUAUCCCCUUUGUGUCUCCUCUUUCACUUGGUGCCACAGCUCCCUUCACAUGCCAUUUUGCAUCCCUUCUACCAAGCAUUUAGUUUGAUUACGCUCGGGGAUGCAAAAUGAUGUUAAAUCAUAGAAGUUACUCCAUUAUACACCCACCCCACCCCUUUUUAUUUUACCUUCCUUUCAUGUCUUUUGGGCAUCAUGUCUGUAAGUUAAAGGUCAGUUUGACCUUUGCAACCCUCUCCACCCCAUCAGAAUAGCUAUUGAAGCAAUAACGAUCAUCAGAUUGGUGUUAUUGGUAUUGAUCUAUUUUUUCGCCACACUUCAAGUUCCACUGAGCCCGUUUGAACACUAGGAGUCACCAGUAACAAAGUCUUGAAUUGGUGUGCCAAACUUUUGGCCUCUCAAGGCCAAGGCCUAAAAUGUACUAUGGUUAUUGGGCCAUGGGCCAGAAUCUACUUAAAUAUUGAUCAUUUUUUAGUGCCCCAAGGAAAUGAUAGCUCCCUGAGUUUAUAAGUUAUUUUAGAAUCACUCCUCAGACAAUAUGGUAGAUCACAUUGUGAACUCUUGGGAUCUUCAGUUGCUCAAAAAUUAUUACAAAUUUUUGAGCUGCCCUGUUUGAAGAUGACAUUUUUGUCAGGAUAUUGACAGCAAUGCCAUCUAAACCAUAAACAUGUGAGAACACAUUUUACCCGAUAUCUGGCAUAGAUAGAAAUUUCAUGCCAUGUUACAAAUUUCCCUGUGAGAGGAGGUCAAUUCAAAAUCAGGCAUUUAAAAGAGAUUUUUUUUUUUUUUUUUUUUUUUUUCCCUCUUGUUGUUUCCUCUAUGGGCUGCGGACCAAUGUGUACGAAAAUGUUUUUCUACUCAUGUGGGGACCUUCCAGAGGCCGGCCCGCACUUCAUGUUGGAUUCCAAACAGUGGAUCAAGCAAACCGGUCCCACAGAGUAGUUUGCUUUUCAGUCUAACACAGGGUGGUGAAACUACUUCCACUCUUCACUCCAUUCCUUGAAUCUCUCUUUUUUUUUCCAAUUUGCACUUAAGUGAAAGAUACAGACAAUUGAACACUGAUAUGUUUGAGAAAAAUGCAAAGUUGUCUUAAUCAUGGUCUUUAAUCAUUUCUUUCCUUCACUCUUUAUCCAUCAUUCCAUCUUUGCCAACAUUUCCAGAUGUUGAAAGGUGGCGACUUAAUAAGGAUUUUUGAGUUCUCAGUUUUUUGUUUUACUUUUUAAAACUUUUUUUUUUUUUAUCAUCAUUGUGUCUCUUCACUUUUGAGUGUGGAGAUGCAACCAGAUACAUUGACACCUCUUCACUCCCUCCCUCUCCAUCCUCCCUCUCCCCUCUGUCUUCUUUUUUGCCUUGCAGUCGUUAAGUCUUAGCAGUUUUUUUUUUCAUGAAUAUAAAUUAAAACACUACUAUCGAGUUGAAUAGUAGGCUCUUAAAUGUCUUUGAUGUUCUGCUGCAGCUUUUUAAUUUCAACUUGUCAGAGAUUUCUCUCUUCUUAGUCUAAUUUGACACUAAAUGUGAUGCAAAAAGUGGAAAUUCCUUGUCUUCCAAAAAAAAAAAAGAAAAAAAAAAGAAAAAAGUACUUGUAUCCCCCAGAUCAAGUAUUAGGAACAACCCCAUCUUUGGAAGUUUUAGUUUGGUACCCAGUUUGCACAUGCUAUGGUAUAUCUGUUACCGUAUGGUUGUGUUUCAAACUGAAGCCCAACAUCUUUUCAACAUUGAGAGAAGUGAAUUGUAUGUUAGCUAUUUGGUCCAGAGUGAAGGACCCGCGUCAGGCUUGUGAUAUGAAGUGUAAAUCUGUUUUUAAUUUUUUUUUUUAUGUUUUUUUUUUU